AGGUGAGGACUUUGGCACAGGGUCUCGGGAGUGAUGGCGGCGUCUGCACCCUCCUCCUCUGGCGGCGAACCGGAUCCCAACUCGACAAAUUUACGACCACCGGGCUCAAGCUAUGAUGCUUGGUGUGGAGUUGCUCAUGGAUGUACUAGAAAAUUGGGAAUGAAGAUAUGUGGAUUUUUGCAGAAGAACAACAGUCUGGAGGAGAGGAGCAGGAUUGUGAGUUCCUUCAAGGAGCGCGCAGCCAAGAACCUGCUGUCCUGCGAUAACAGCGGCGGGGAGGCGCGCUUCAGCCGCACCGAGACCGACUUCUCCAACCUGUUCGCCAGAGAUCUACUGCCCGCCAAAAAUGGAGAGGAGCAGACCAUGCAGUUCUUGUUGGAGGUUGUGGAAAUCCUCACCAACUACGUCCGGAAGACCUUUGACAGAUCCACCAAAGUCCUGGACUUCCACCACCCUCACCAGCUCCUGGAGGGCAUGGAGGGCUUCAACCUGGAGCUCUCGGACCAGCCCGAGUCUCUGGAGCAGAUCCUGGUGGACUGCAGGGACACCCUGAAGUAUGGAGUGAGAACAGGUCACCCCAGGUUCUUUAACCAGCUGUCCACUGGAUUAGACAUUGUUGGGCUGGCAGGAGAGUGGCUUACCUCUACGGCCAACACUAACAUGUUUACCUAUGAGAUUGCCCCCGUCUUUGUCCUCAUGGAGCAGCUGACACUGAAGAAGAUGAGGGAGAUUGUUGGCUGGCCCGUUGGAGAGGGCGAUGGAAUAUUUUCUCCAGGAGGAGCGAUCUCCAACAUGUACAGUGUGAUGAUUGCCAGAUACAAGUUCUUCCCUGAAGUCAAGACCAAAGGCAUGGCAGCUGCACCCAGACUGAUCCUCUUCACCUCAGAGCAUAGCCACUAUUCCAUCAAGAAAGCCAGCGCAGCUCUGGGCUUUGGGACAGAGAACCUGAUCCUUCUGAAAACAGAUGAGAGGGGGAGAGUCAUCCCUGCUGAUUUGGAAGCUAAAGUAAUAGAGGCCAAACAAAAGGGGUAUGUUCCAAUGUUUGUGAAUGCCACCGCUGGUACCACCGUCUACGGAGCCUUUGAUCCCAUCAAUGAAAUUGCAGACAUCUGUGAAAAGUACAACAUGUGGCUUCAUGUGGACGGAGCAUGGGGAGGAGGUUUGUUGAUGUCCAGGAAACACAGACACAAGCUGAAUGGAGUAGAGAGGGCCAAUUCAGUCACCUGGAACCCUCAUAAAAUGAUGGGAGUGCCGCUGCAGUGCUCUGCCAUUCUGGUCAGAGAGAGGGGGUUGUUACAAGGCUGCAACUCCAUGUGUGCCGGUUACCUCUUCCAGCCAGAUAAACAGUACGACGUUACAUACGACACAGGUGACAAGGCCAUUCAGUGUGGACGGCAUGUCGACAUCUUCAAGUUCUGGCUUAUGUGGAAGGCAAAGGGAACAGAAGGGUUUGAACAGCAUAUUGACAAGUGCCUGGAUCUGUCAGCGUACCUCUACAAUAAAAUAAAGAACAGAGAGGGCUACCAGAUGGUGUUCGACGGGGAGCCGCAGCACACUAAUGUGUGUUUCUGGUAUUUUCCACCGAGCCUGCGCGGCUUGCCUGACGGUGAAGAGAGGCGAGAGAGGUUGCACAAGGUGGCCCCAAAGAUCAAGGCACUGAUGAUGGAGUCUGGGACGACCAUGGUGGGCUACCAGCCACAAGGAGACAAGGUCAACUUCUUCCGCAUGGUCAUCUCCAACCACGCUGCUACCAGGUCAGACAUCGACUUCCUCAUCGAGGAAAUUGAGCGACUGGGGAAUGACUUAUAAGAGCAGCACCUAAACCCUUUUUCUCCCCAAACACUGGUGUUUUCCGACUCCUGGGGAGCCUCGAGCUUGGCUUCAUGUCCCUUUUGUCUCAUAAAGACGUUGAAAUUUUUUUGCUUACAGGUUUUCUCUGGCAAUGCACAAACAAAUAAUAUGCCAUGUGUGUCUCUUCUCUGUCUCUUCUGUCUUUACAAUGACAUAUUUUCAAAACAUUUGCACACGGUUAUCUGAGUGACUGAAGUCAAAACUUGAGAGAAUCACAAAAGAACACCGGUAUUCUUGCUAAAAGCGUAUGUUAAGUGGAAACAAACACUGGUUACUUUGCACGUAAAUAUGAAAUAGCAAGAAUAUCUGAGCACUUGAAUGAUUCUUUCUAUAGCAGCUAUAAGAAAAUGUCAUUUUACUGUUGUACUAUAUAAGGAUCAGUAAUAAAAACAAAAUGAGAUCAAAAUAUUUUUUCACAAGUGACAGAGCACAAUGUAGGGAACCUUAUUGCAUUGACAUAAACAAUAUUAAUGUAAAAUAUAUAAAUAUACAUAAUAUAUAUAUGAUGUACUGACUGUUGGUGCUCCAUGUCGUCUAUGUAAUUAUCAAGCCAGAUGCACCGCCACAUUGUACCCUAGCUGUUCCCUUUGAUAUUACAUAGGUGGAAAUAUAUAACACAGUCAUUGUAACAAGUACUGUACUUGAUUCCUGUGUUUUUAGAGAUUUUUGUGUAGAUUGUGUAUAGUAUUGUUACAUUGCCUUUGUGCCAAAUGUGUCCUAGUUUUACAGUGAGAAAAUCCUAUAUGUAAAUCGAACAUACAGUAUAGUAUGUAAUAGAUGAAUCACUUUAUUUAUAUCCAGAUAUUAUAAUUGUGAAUAGAUUAUCUGCUGUUCUGUUCCAUUUGUAAUGUAUCCUCCUUCCUGUUUGGAAACUGUAUAAUAUCACAAUGUUUUGAAUAACAUUGAAGUCUUUUAGUGUAUUUGUGAACCAAAGAAGGGUUGAGUUACAUUUAUGAACAUGUACACGGCUCUUAUUCUCCCUUAUGGAUGGAUUCAGAUGUUUAUAUAAGAAUACUUAACUUACCGCCCUUAACUUUAGUGCAAUCUAUGUUGUGUAACUGUGCAAUGUCAUUGUGAUUCACUGAUUGAAUGUUGUCGAGACACUUGACUAUAUGUGGGAGGCAUGACUGGCAGUGCGGCUGCUACUGCCGGUGCUUUGUUAAUGAUAAAAAGCACAAUGCUAAACCAUGAUCAUGGGGCAGCUUUUAUUCUAUGGACAUAUGAUUGUCUGUAUUAUAAUCGUGUUGAGUAAGUAAAACUAUAAUAUGCAAAAUUUUGUUUGUCUUAACAUGCUCAUGUAGGCACCUUUAUGUUGAGAAAAACAAUGUGAGAAACUGGGAUUAUUUAUCAUUAAGAAUUUUUGCUUGAACAAUGAAAUGCACAGUGUUUGCUACUGUUAUAAGAUUUACUGAACAAUUGUACAUUCCUGAAUUAGUGGGGUGAGAUAUCCCUUGUUAAAUUCAAUGUAGGCACUUUAACUUCAUGCCAUCAUUUGCAGAGUAUUACUGUUGUAUCCACAGCACUAAUAAAGACAUGAGCUGUAGAACAUCUGUGGGCACAAUUUUUUGCAGUUU